AACGCCAAAUGUCAAUUCCACUAACACGACUCCUUCUCGUGUUUACAUUGAUUUUUUCACCAUUUCUUCUAAUCAAUGCCUACUCACCAACCACAGAAACCAAUCCUCAAGAAUACGAUGCUCAAUUCCACCUGUCAAUUUUGGCAGAUGGCAUUCAAGCAGGAAACAUUGCACCAAUCACUCGUUAUCCAGAUGCUCAUGAAAAGGCAACAAAUUUCUAUAGAAAUCAAUAUGGUUUGGAUGUUUCUGAUAAUGGAGCUCGUUUGCCAGAUGGUGCACAAUUUUUCACAUCUGUGGGAGAUCAAUAUGUAGUUCACUAUGCAAAAGUUCGAGGUUAUCCAAAUUUGGCAGGUUCACAAGAUUUGGGAGUUUAUGAUGAUGCCUUUGCAAUCAUGCUUACUAAACCACUUGUUGUCCACGGAGCUUACGGAGGUAAAAAUGGUACUUGGGUGGACACAGGUUCAAUUUUACCAUUUGGGUUUUAUACCUAUUUUUGGAAGGUCAAUGGUAGUAUUGCCUUUCCUAGAAUUACUUGGUCUAGUCCAAUGCCAAUGAGAAUUUCAGCAGAUGGUUCAUUGGUUGUUGAUUGUGAAUUGAGUUCAAAUAUUUGGGGUAAAGGAAUGGCUAGAGGUUUGAAUUUGAUUAGAAUUAAUCCUGUCACUAAUCAAUAUUAUGUCAGUGUUGUCAGUUCUCAUACUUUCCCAAUCAGUCAAACUGAUAUUGCUCCAAAAUGUGCUGCAAUUACCACUGAAAAAGACAUUUUCAAUGAAGAUUUCAUUGUCAAGUGGAAUAAUGUUUUACUGUCAACUGUCAGAGAUUUCAAAGUUGCUCCACCAAUUGCAUCCAGAGCCAUGGCCAUUCUUCACACAGCCACAGACGAUGCCCUUGGCUCCUGCAGAAGAUCCAGAAACUCAAACAAGGCAUGUGACUACGCAACCAUUGCAACCACAAUUUCCUUUUCUGCUCAUCGUGUCCUUUCUCAAUUAUUUCCAAAUAAUAUUGAUUGUUAUAAUGCUGCAUUGAAGAGAGCUUUACAAUGUAAUGGAUGUUCACAAUAUGACGUUUCAGAAUUAACUAAAAUUGGUAAAUCUGCAGUGACGACAGCUGACAGAGUUUUGAGAUCUAGAGAUAAUGAUGGAAGUGCAGAAUUUGUUGAUUAUCAAUUUAGAGAUGGAGCAAUGGAUUAUCAAAGUCAUGCUCCAAAUUAUGUCAGAAAUCCAUUGUUGCCUCAAUGGCCAAAUGUUGAACCUUUUGGAAUUCAAAAUGUUGAAAGUUUUAGACAAGGUCCACCUCCACAAUUGGGAACUCCUUUAUUCGAAACUUCCUAUGAUGAAGUAUUCUUGUAUGGUAGAAAUGAUUCAAGUGUUAGAACUUUUGAUCAAAGAAGAAUUGCUUGGUUCUGGGAUGAUGGUGCAGGAACUGCCACUCCACCAGGACAUUGGAAUGUCAUCCUUCAAUCAAUUAUUAGAAGCCAAGGAAUUACUGACAUUUUCAAAGUAUCUGCCAUUUUCAAAUUGUUAGGUUGUACUCUUGCUGAUGCUGGUAUUGUUUCUUGGGAUCACAAAUAUUUCUAUAAUGCACUUCGUCCAGUGACAGCUGUAAAUAAUAGAAAUAGAAAUCUUAAUUGGUUCCCAUUGUUGGCAACUCCACCUUUCCCUGAAUACACCAGUGGACACUCAACCUUCUCUGGUGCUGCUGCAAGAAUUUUGAGUUUAGUAUUGGGAAGUGAUGACAUCUCCUUUGAUGUAGUAAGUGAUGGUUACAAAUAUCACACAAGAACAUUUAACAAAUUGUCAGAUGCUGCUAAGGAAGCUGGUAAAUCCAGAAUUUAUGGUGGUAUUCACUUUGAAUAUGCCAAUCAAGCUGGUUGGAAUUCCGGUGUUGCUGUGGCUAAUGCUGUUUACAAUCAAUUAUGUAGAAAUGCAAGUUGUUUGUAAUUUAAUAAAUCAUUAUAUAUUU